AUGGGCAGCCACGCAGCCUGCCGGUUAGCCCUGCAGUCGACUCUGCACGCCACACCGGCGCCUUCGCUUCUCUCCUCCAGCCUCUUACGCCAUCUAUCCGCAUUCCAAAACAAGGCAGCUGAAAUGAGGACGGGCUGCAAGAUCAAGAAGCUCGCAAUAAAAUCCCCCGAGCCGGGCAAAUCCACCCCAUCUCAGCCCGUCGCAUACAGUAGUACCAAAACCCUGCCUCCGGCGUCGUCGCAGCCCAUCAGUCUCCGUCUCUCACAUUUGACAGCUGCCCGCCCAAUGUUUGGCUACAUAGAAUGGGAGGCUAAGGCACAACCGCUCCUCAGACAAGAGUAAUAUGAAAAAAGGGUUGGCUUCAAGCCGGUCGUCAGCGAACCAAAAAGACCGCUGGAUGUGUGGGUCGGGUGCGGGAGAAUGGGGUCUUUCUUGUCAAACGGUUUCAAGUGAGAUCUGC